AUGGCAGCUUACAUAUUUUACGUGCCAUGCAUUGUAGCCGUGAGUCCUUGCUGGAAUAUGAAAAAGGCGCGUAUUGGCUCCUUCAACGUUAACGAUCCUAUGGUCAAGGUCACAUUCUUCAAGUCAUAUGAUUGUACCAGCACUCCUGCAGCCGUAUUCCGUGGUGGUUCGAGGGACAACGUGUUGAGAAUGCGAGCAAGAUCAGUGUCUGUGCAAAAGAUACAUUCAAUUGACACGCUUUAA